AUGCACAAUAGACGGGCUAACGCGUUUGUAAAGAGGCUCGAAGAAACCACGAAGAAAGCACUUUCGUCGUCGCCAGAGGAUAAUGGAGGUAAUCGUUCACUUCGACAGAGUUGUACGCCGGUUAAAAUUAAAGAAGAGGAUCAGACCGACGAGAUUCAGGAAUAUGCAGCGAUUACAAUGAGCGAAUUAUUAGGAUGGUAUGGUUACGAGAAAGUGGACAGUGGUUGUACAAGAAGUUUGAAUUUGGAUCAUUUCACGUCCCUACCUCACGCGAGAAAUAGUCAAAUACUUCAAGUGGAUCCGAGCUUUAUUUCGAACAAGAUGAAACCGAAAUCAUCGGCAUCACUUGCUGCAAUUAAUUCGCCGUUCGAUGUCUCGAGCUUAUCGCUGCCAUACUCUGUGAACAGUUUAGCAGCUGUGGGAGGAGAAAUGCUAUCAUCUCCAUUGUCACUGAAAAUGGGAGCACUUGACUUUACGGCUAAUCAUCCUUAUAAGAAUUUCUUAAGUUCGACUUGCUCAGAUAAUACAUCCUGUUCUUGGUGUGGUCGAAUUACUCAAACGUGUAAUUCCGGGAGAAUAGAUUCUCUUUCCUGUAAUAUGAUAAACACCGCGGGACAUUUUUGUAGCGAAGCUUGUUUCGCGGCUGGUAGACGAGCGGUUUUUAAACGGGCAAAAACCUGUGAUUGGUGUAGGCACAUAAGGAAUCCGAUUAGUCACGUUGAUUUUCAAGAUGGCGAAAGUCAACUUCAAUUUUGUAGUGACAAAUGUUUAAAUCAAUAUAAAAUGAAUAUAUUUUGCCAUGAGACACGAACUCAUUUGAUGCUUCACGGUCUAAAUAAUGUUUCUUGUCAUGACACAGAGAAGAGCAAUUUAAUAACACCAGAACUGUGGUUUCGAAAUUGUCAGUCACCGGCGGGCAGCCCCACAGAAGAUACACGUGCAACAGAUGAGCAUGUCCGUACCGACGAGACGUCGUGUCGCGAUAACAAGUCAAAGGAAACAGAACAGAAUGAAAUUCAAAAGUCAAUAGAACCUACUAGAAAAGUUGCAAGAAAGAAAGACGCAUUUUGUAUUCGACUAUGUACCAAAGCCAGUAACUAUAAUAAUGAAAAGAAAAACAAUUUUCAUACAGAAAUGAAUGAAAAUGACAUUAACGAGCAAAAUAAAGAAGAGGCUCUAAUAAAUGAAAAGAACAAAUUCUGUCAUUUCGUUAAGAAUCAGAGUCAUUGCGGUUUAAACUGUUCAAAACAAAAUCUUCUGAGCUGUAAGAGUUUUAAGAAGAAUUGUAACCUGAUGGAUGCCAUGAAUUGUGAUUCGUACAACCACGAGAACAAUAAUGUAUUCUUAAAAAAGAACAUACAUAUAAAAGACAUACGAGUAUUACAAGAAGAAGAAAAAGACAGUUCAUCGGAAAAUAUUUUAAAAUCAUCACACUGGUUUACAAAUCUAUCCACAAUCCAAAAUGGCACCCAAUUGCCAUCUGAAUCUUUAACAAACGAAUCUAGUCGAGCAAAAUAUGAGAAAUCAACCAAUGUAUCAUCAAAGACAGAAGCUUCAGUACAGUCUAACGAAGCUGAUGCUUCUAUACAUGCAUUACCUACAAGUCUUUUACCCCCUGUUACAGUACUUGUACCUUAUCCUAUACCUGUACCCAUACCUAUACCAAUUCCUGUUCCGAUACCAGCCCCAAUUCUGAAUAAAUUUAUGGAUAACGAACAGAAACUAUCAGCAAAUACUAAAGAUGAAAAAUAUAACAAUUUUAAAUGUAACGAAUCACUGAAAAACAAAUGUUCUGUGCCCCAUGACUCACAAAUAUGUACAAAUACAAAUAUAUCUGUGCCGGAAGAUCAACAGCAUAUAGCUUCUACAAAACUUUGUGUUUCAUUGUCCUCUUCUACCGGCAACAAUGAGAGUAACGCUAAUACACAUUCAUCAAAACAUAAUGCAAAACCCCCAAGGAAGAGGAAACAUUUAAAUGAAAAUGUUAAUUACGAACAUAAGGAGCAGAAAUUGAAA